GGGGUGGGAAGGAAAGCCGCCGCGCUCCUCGCUUCCCCUCCCCGAGCCUCCCGCUUGACCGCUCGGCCUUUCUUCUCCGUGGCUCCAGCCGGCUGCCUCGUUCGGGAGCUGAUUGACCUGAUGGGGACCGGCCGGCGGGUGACGCGGCUCGUGCUGCACCUGCUGCUGGUGCCCCAGCUGACGGAGCUGGACCUCAGCCGGUGCCCGAAGCUGGUUUCCAAGACCAUCGCUGAGAUGGUCGCCCACCGCUGCAAGAACCUGUCCCUGCUGUAUCUCCAGGGCUGCAGCCGGAUCCCUAGCGAUGCUCUGGUUGACCUGAUAGAAAGUUUGCCUGGUCUCAAAAAGCUUGGCUUGUCAGAGACCCAGUGCAACACCCAGGUCUUGUCAGCCAUAGGCUCCACCUGCCAGUACCUUUGUGAGCUGGACGUUUCUGACUGCAAGCGGCUGUCUCCAGAGUCCCUCUUUCACCUGGCUUAUGACGUCACAGCCGGCUCCUUCUCCUGCCAGGCACUGCAGGUACUUUCGGUUGGUGGGCUGGAGUCCAGUGCUAGAAGUCAGAAUCUGGUCCGGGCCUUGGCCUUUGUUCUGCUGGCCCUUCCCAGCCUCAGAUUCUUAGAAAAUGAGUUUGUUUCUGAGGCUGUGUAUGAGAUCUUCCGCCAGCAGUUCAAAGGUGCCCAGAUUGCCCCUGGGUUUCCCUCACUGGAGGAGCUGGUACAGCGCAGGAUGGCCAUGCGCACAGACAAGGCAAGCUCCAGGCUUACGCUGCCCCUCAAGGAGUUACUGGAGGUAGAUGAGUCUUCCUUGCCCAUAGUGUGCACUGUGUGCCCACACUUAACAAAAGCAACCGUACUUCUGGAUGACGGUUCUGCAUUGAGCCCCGCCUUCUCCUCCUGGCAUGCCCUCAGCAACCUGACAUUGGACUGUGGGAGACCCAGGCAGCUCAGGGAGCUUCUGUCUGUGACGGCCAUCAUCGGCACCCAGAUGCAAUCCCUCUCCAUUGAUGGCUUCGUUGUCAAGGAUGAAUCAUCCUUCCACGUGUUGCUUGGUCACUGCCCAAAUCUCCGGAAAUUCAGUGCCAGCAUCUUCCUUUCUCUGAGUUGCCAGAGCCAGAAGUCCACAGACUGGGGUGCUGCUUUUGUGCCCCCCAGAUUCUCCCACCUCACUGAAUUUACUUUGAGCCUCUCCAGUCUGCACACUUCCACACCUUCCCAGCCUGCACCAGGACUGAGAGCAAACCUUACGUCUGUCCUCAAGAACUCCCCAGGCCUGGAGAGUUUAGUGCUGUUGUACCUGCCUUUUUGUCUGGAUGGAGUGUUCGAGAAAGUGCUGGAGCCCCGGGGCACUGCUCUGGUGCACCUCCGUCACCUUUCUCUGCUCCAGUGCAAGGUGUCCAGUAGCACCAUCCACCUGCUGUUGGCUGCGGACAAUCAGCUGGAUUCCAUCCAUUUGGACAAAUGCCCAGACAUCUACCGGAGGGACUAUGAUGAGCUUCUCCGAAGAGUCAGCAAAGAAGGCUUUGACCUGCACAUCGAGUGGCAAUGAAAGCCUGGAAAGGCAGCUUUGUUUAUACUGAGGCAAGAUAGGAGAGCACUGGUAAAUAAAGUUUGUAUUCUCUGUCACGUU